UUUUAAUCUGUAAACUAUGCAGUAGUUAUAAUGAUUAUUUUAUAAAGAUCAUAACAAAGGUAUUUUUAACAUUUAGUGUAUGCAACAGUACCUGACAAUAAACAUUCUAGAAGGCAAUAUUAAAUUUUCUUGUCCCGAUCCAUUUUGUAAUAAUACUGGAAGUAUUAAUGACCAAGAGAUUGAAAAAUUAAUUGGAAGUGAAAUCUUUCAAAAGUACAAACAGUUUAAAUUGAAUGCAGAAAUAGAUGAAGACCCUUCUCGUUGUUGGUGCCCAAAACCAGAAUGUAAUAACAUUUGUCAAGUUGAAUUGUCUGAUGUACCUGUACCAAUUGUUUGCUCAAAUUGUAACACCAUGUUUUGUUCAUCGUGUAAAGAAUUAUGGCAUUCCACUCAAUUGUGCAAGGAGAAAAAAUGCUUUAAUUACAAUAAAAAAGCAUCUUCAUUUGUAAUUAAAAAUGAAAUCAAUAUAAAACAUUGUCCCGGCUGCAACAUUCCAAUUGAAAGAAAUGAAGGCUGUGCUCAGAUGAAAUGCAGAUAUUGCAAGCACAUAUUCUGUUGGCAUUGUCUCUCUUUGCUUGAUGAUGAUGUAUUGUUGAGACACUUUGAUAAAGGUCCAUGCAAGAAUAAACUUGGUCAUACUAGAGCAUCAUUAAUUUGGCACAGAAUUCGGGUUGUGAUUACAAUAAUAGGGCUGAGUGCUUUGUUAGCAACAUUAUCUCCAUUGUUGCUGGUUUCACUUCCAUUCCUUUUAUGUUGAACGAAUUACUC